AUAUUCUCUACUUCAGUAUCUAUUCUCAAUGAGGAGAGUGCGCACGAGGCCAGAGGGAGACUGCGGACCGGGUUUGUGGCGGUGAAUGUAUUUUAAAUAAAUUUACAGCGGGAACUGGCUCAUUAUCGUGUUGCACAUUUGUAAUUAAUUAUUGUAAUUAGUUCGACGAUUAAUUGAUUGUAAUUGUAGUCGUGAUAACGAUCAUCAAUGUGAUGAUAAUCGCUGAUUAAUUGUAACUGAAGAAAGCCAGGGCGUGUGUGUUUAGUGCAACAACGGGUAUAUUUAUGACUGUCGGUGAUUUUGCAGUGUGUUAAAUAAAAUUGUGCUCCGUGAUUGCUGAAUAAGGGUGAAAAUUGUUAUCAUCGAUCAAGUAUUGAGGCCGCAUUAGGAAAAUAGGUUGUUCAAUAUUGGGCGAUUCGUACGUAAAUUACUCAUUAUUUCCACGAUAAAUUGAGUAUCUGGAAAAACGGGCGCGACAUUCGGAAGUGCCAAGUUACGUCCUCCUGGUGGAAAUAUCUCGGGGGAGUGGGCGCGAGCGCGCGUGACCCGGUCAGCCGCCGGGGUGAAAAUUCAAGGGAGUAAAAGCCAGUAAAAAGAUAAGAAUUUCAAGAAUAUCAUUGAAAAAUAAAAGGGAAAAAUAUCAGAUACACCCGUAGCGUGAGUUUUUCACCUGAAUCAUUCAUCAACCGUACAACCAGUACAUGAAUUGCUAUCGAAAAAAAAAGUGUCAUACCUAGUGCAAGCUAUUAAACUCAGGGCUGAUCGGAAGGGAUUUGCCACCGAUUACAGGAUACGAACAAUAAGCAACCGUCUAAGCAACCGACAGGUGCCUGUGCAUUAUCAACAAAAAAAACAGAGUGCCACGACAUCGCAUGGUUCGCGUAGCAGACACGAAGCAGUCGGAAAUAACCGAUACAAGGAGGACCUGUCACGUGAUAAUAUGCGGUAGAAUCCGUAGCUCACAACUGGCAGCUGGUGGACCUCCGAUCUCUCGGAGCUCAAGGGAGUACGAGGAGAGUAGCCUGGAGGGGUAACUUUAGAGCCAGUUACGUUUGAGUUGGCGUAGGCCAACGGCAAAGGACGAGUGAGGAUGGCGACGAUAGACGGCCGGCCGGCCCAAUAUGGUAUCACUCUCAAACAGCUGAGAGAGCUUAUGGAACAUCGAGGGCGAGAGGGAGUAGCGAAAAUCAGUGGAUAUGGUGGUGUACAGGAAAUAUGCAAGAAAUUGUAUACCUCUCCCAGCGAUGGCCUCAGUGGCUCAGCAGCAGAUAUGCAGCACAGGCGAGACACCUUUGGCUCCAACAUGAUACCUCCAAAACCACCAAAAACAUUUUUACAAUUAGUAUGGGAAGCUCUACAAGACGUUACUUUGAUUAUUCUUGAAAUAGCCGCAUUGGUUUCGUUAGGACUUAGUUUCUAUCAUCCCGUAGACGAUCCAUCUGACGUUGCCGACGUGAAAAUCCAUGAGGACGAAGCAAAAUAUGGUUGGAUCGAGGGUCUUGCCAUCCUCAUUUCUGUUAUAGUCGUUGUAUUAGUAACAGCUUUUAACGAUUACUCGAAAGAAAGACAAUUUCGGGGUCUCCAAAAUAGGAUAGAGGGUGAACAUAAGUUUGCUGUCAUACGGCAAGGAGAAGUUAAGCAGAUUUCUGUGUCUGACAUUGUUGUGGGUGAUAUUUGUCAGAUAAAAUACGGUGAUUUGUUGCCUGCUGAUGGAGUCCUGAUACAGAGCAACGAUCUCAAGGUCGAUGAGUCUAGUUUAACUGGCGAAUCUGAUCACGUGAAAAAAGGGGAGGCUUUUGAUCCUAUGGUGCUGUCUGGUACACAUGUGAUGGAAGGCUCCGGCAAGAUGUUAGUGACUGCUGUAGGUGUGAAUUCCCAAGCAGGUAUCAUCUUCACAUUGUUAGGAGCUGCUGUCGAUCAACAAGAAGCGGAAAUCAAGAAAAUGAAAAAAGAGGCUAAAAAGCAGCGGAAGAAGAAGUCUCUCUCAGGUGAGGAAGCUGGUGAAAUAACGGGAAAUAGCCACGGAGGUAGUGGGACACGUCCACACGAUGCCGGUGAAAAUCAUCAUGCACCAAGUGGUAGUGGUGGUGGUGCUGGUGGUGAAGUAGCCGCUGAAGCUGGUAAAAAAGAGAAGAGUGUACUCCAGGCUAAAUUAACGAAACUCGCUAUUCAAAUUGGAUACGCUGGCUCAACGAUAGCUGUACUCACAGUCAUUAUUCUAGUCAUACAAUUCUGCGUGAAGACGUUCGCCAUCGGUAAAAAACCAUGGAAAAAUACGUACGCCGGUAAUCUCGUUCGACACUUGAUCAUUGGUGUUACCGUACUUGUGGUAGCUGUACCGGAAGGUCUUCCCCUAGCUGUUACGCUGUCUCUCGCCUACUCGGUCAAGAAAAUGAUGAAGGACAACAAUUUGGUGCGUCAUCUUGACGCCUGUGAGACAAUGGGUAAUGCAACGGCUAUUUGCUCAGACAAGACUGGUACACUAACGACCAAUCGAAUGACAGUCGUCCAGUCCUACAUUUGUGAAAAAAUGAGCAAAACGAUACCAUCGUUCAAUGAAAUACCCAAUCACGUUGGCAACUUACUCACCCAUGCGAUCUCCAUAAAUUCGGCGUACACGUCCAGAAUAAUGCCAUCGCAGGAUCCCACUGAGCUUGCAAUGCAGGUCGGUAACAAAACCGAAUGUGCCUUACUUGGAUUUGUAUUGGCCCUGGGCCAGAAUUAUCAAACGAUACGAGACGACCAACCCGAGGAGACAUUCACGCGGGUCUAUACGUUUAACAGUGUUAGAAAAAGUAUGUCCACUGUUGUACCCAGACCGGGCGGUGGUUACAGACUCUUCACCAAGGGUGCUUCCGAGAUCAUCAUGAAGAAAUGUGCCUUUAUUUAUGGUCGCGAUGGACAUCUGGAGAAGUUUACAAGAGAUAUGCAAGAUCGGCUGGUGAAAAAUGUUAUAGAACCCAUGGCAUGCGAUGGACUUCGUACUAUUUCCAUAGCAUAUCGUGAUUUUGUUCCUGGUAAAGCAGAAAUCAAUCAAGUGCAUUGCGAGGGUGAACCAAACUGGGAGGACGAGGAGAACAUUGUAUGCAAUUUAACUUGUCUCGGUAUCGUGGGUAUCGAGGAUCCAGUGAGACCCGAAGUACCAGAGGCAAUAAAAAAAUGCCAGAAGGCAGGUAUAACUGUGAGGAUGGUCACUGGUGAUAACAUCAAUACAGCAAGAUCAAUAGCCUUCAAGUGUGGUAUCCUCAAACCAACCGAUGAUUUUCUCAUUCUGGAGGGCAAAGAAUUCAAUAGGAGAAUUAGAGAUGCCAACGGUGAGGUCCAGCAACAUUUGUUGGAUAAAGUUUGGCCAAAAUUGAGGGUACUCGCGAGAUCAUCACCAACUGACAAAUACACACUCGUCAAGGGUAUUAUUGACAGUAAAGCAACAGUGAGCCGUGAGGUUGUUGCUGUCACUGGCGAUGGUACAAACGAUGGUCCAGCGUUGAAAAAGGCUGAUGUUGGUUUUGCCAUGGGUAUUGCUGGCACUGACGUUGCUAAAGAAGCUUCCGAUAUUAUUCUUACUGAUGAUAACUUCUCAUCAAUUGUAAAGGCUGUUAUGUGGGGGAGAAAUGUCUACGAUAGCAUAGCCAAAUUUUUACAGUUUCAAUUGACUGUAAAUAUUGUUGCUGUUAUUGUGGCAUUCAUUGGUGCAUGCGCUGUACAAGACUCACCACUCAAAGCGGUACAAAUGUUGUGGGUCAAUUUAAUUAUGGAUACAUUAGCCUCACUUGCACUGGCUACGGAAUUACCAACCCCCGAUCUACUACUACGUAAGCCGUAUGGACGUACGAAACCACUCAUAUCCAGAACUAUGAUGAAAAAUAUCCUGGGUCAGGGGAUUUAUCAAUUGGUUGUUAUUUUUACGCUCCUCUUCGCUGGGCACAGGAUUUUUGACAUCGACAAUGGUCGGGCUACUGAUUCCCAUGCUAGUAUGCCAACACAACACUUUACCAUGAUAUUCAACACAUUUGUCAUGAUGACCCUGUUCAACGAAUUCAAUGCCAGAAAAAUUCAUGGUCAGAGAAAUGUCUUCCAGGGAAUAUUCACCAACCCCAUAUUCUAUUCAAUUUGGAUUGGAACCGCCUUGUCUCAAAUUGUUAUCAUUCAAUACGGUAAGAUGGCAUUUAGCACAAAGGCUCUCGAUAUAGAUCAGUGGAUGUGGUGUCUGUUCUUCGGUUUUGGUACGCUACUGUGGGGCCAACUAGUCACGACCGUUCCUACACGCAAACUUCCCAAGAUAUUCUCAUGGGGUCGUGGCCAGCCAGAUGAUAUCCAUGCUAUUCAUCUAGGAGACGAGAAAUACGACCCAGACUCGGAUAAAAAGCCCCGCGCAGGACAAAUUCUAUGGAUCCGUGGUCUAACACGACUGCAGACUCAGGUGAUAGGUGGCGAGUUGCAGGAACGUUUGAUACCGGUACCCUACAGCAAGAGCUCGACAGACCAAGCUAUUCGCGUAGUGAACGCAUUUCGGCAGGGCCUAGACACGCGUUAUGGUGAACACAGCGGUUUGACCCUAGCAGAGGUAUUACGGAAGCAGUCAUCGCUGAGCAAGCGACAUUCACAAACAAGCAGUAUCGACUAUGCGGACAACAUACCCGAUGAACUCAACGUACCUGAAAUUGAUGUUGAGCGUCUCUCCAGUCACAGUCACACAGAGACCGCAGUCUAAUGAGUUUAAAAACUUGAAAAAAAAAAAUUAAUAAGCCAAUUUGUUAAUACUAGACUGACAUAAUCAACAGGAAGCUGCCUGGCAACGUCAUGACACCGAUGAACUACGAGAAACGCGUGAAUAAUGAACUAGAAGAUUUAAAAACAAUAUUCAAGUCAUCUACGCACUGUUCACGGCGAGCCAGUGAUAACAGCUCCGUACAAUCUUUUGUUUGUCUGGUUUUUGUUUUUUUAAUCAACAAUGAGUGAAAAUUUUUACAACUCAAGUGCAGGUGGGGGAUGAAAUAGUUCUCGGAUGGCUCAACGGCCUCGCUUACUAUGUGCGCGUAUGUUUUUAAAAAGCUCAUAAUUUGAAUGCUGUUUAUUUAUUUGGGGGAGGAAACUCCCUGGAGACGUCUCCUCAUCGGGUGUGCGCGAAUAAUAACGGAUGUUGAGACUCAAUGUGCGGUGGUCGAUUGACAAAACAAGGAUAAAAUGAAAAACCGAAAAAACAAAUAUAUUCAAGAUAAACAAUUCAAUUUUUUCCAUAUCUGUCUCUCUUUCUUCAUACGAUUUGACUAAGGAAAAUAAUUCAACGGAAAGGAGAGCGAUAUAUAUUAAUUGCCAGAGGAAAGGGAAAGGGAGGCGGAACAUACAAAAAUAUAAACCGGACUCACUCUACACAAAAAUCAUUUGAUAGAAUUCAAUUCACGUGUUCAAUUCGCUCGUUGUUCAUGCGCUUUGCGCUCAAAAUGUGCAUUUGCCAUGGGAGAAGUUUUAUGUACGGGAAUAUUGCAUUGUGUGCCCAUGUGUGCUUUGUUUUAUGUGCACACCGAGAAAAUCGUUUGUUAACGAGCGAGUGUCGCACCGAACAAAAAAAAAACUAGAAAAUACCGAAAUAACGCACCACUGCCUUCUCAAUUUCAUCGUAACGGUCUAUUGUUUGCCAUCCUCUUGUUUUUUUUUCUUCUGUUUGUCUCUGUGUGUAUCUGUAAUCAAUGAACUCAAAUCUCGCGUGUUUAAUCAAUUUUAGUUUCUUCGUUUUUUCACUGAUUGUUGAUGCACCUGUCAUCAUUGAAUUUUUAAUUCCAAUUAAUCGCACUGCAAUAUUCAUUUGUUUUUGCUCAUUAGAUUUAUGUUUUUAAAUAUUGGCGAUUUUUCAAUCGUCGCUGUACUUUGGCAAAUGUUGUAUAGAUGUAUUAUAUUGCGGAAUUAUUCACACGUGCACCGAGGUAUAUGGGUAUUUUCAAGUGAGCCUCGUUUUCUCAUGACAUUUUUCUCAAUUUUCAUAUUGAUGUAAAUAUGGUGGUUGAAAAUUAUGGGAUGGAAUUAUUUAGAUAUAUGUACUGUGAAGGAUGAUUUCUAUUCGGAGACGUGAUGACGUGCAACUGAUGUCAAUUGAAUCAAGUUUUCCAGAUGUGUGACAUGUAUGAAUUCGAUUGAAUUUUAAAAUUUCUUCAUCCACACGUUGAAAGCUGCUGCGGUAAACUAGUUAUUUUUUUAAAAACAGAUUUAGGAUGAUCUAUCUUCUGUCGGUCCAAUGAAAUCCACAACUUUUCAUGUCAUCAUGUUUUCCAACAGCUCCAGCUGUUUUCAACCUAACUAAAAUAUUCUUUCUAUGUUUAAAUUCUCAAGUGAGUUUAUUCGUCAUCUUUUUGCAAUUCAUAUACUCCGUGAUAUUGAUGCGAGAAGAAAGCUGCCAAGAGGCUCACGUGAAAAAAAAAUCCCAGGGUGUUAAAAUUUAUCAGGAACUGCCACGCGUCGCCACGCGCGUCACCUGCCGCUGCAAUGAGAUCAAUUUAAAAGAAAUUCUCUUUCUCUUUCGCUCUCGCUUUAAUUAUAUAUUAACCAGGAAGAAUAAUAGUAUAAACGAUACGUGAUUCUUACAAUGGACAUUGUCUCCCCUCGGUUCCUCCGUAUCCUUAAACUGACAAAUAAAAUUGAAACAUCAACCGAAAAAAAAAAACAUGAUGAGAAUAAAAAAUACCAAAAUAAAUGAACUAUCCACCUGCCUAUCCGUCGCGCGAUCGAAGCUACACCGUUACGUGACUUAAGGAUUAUCUAGUCAUUUAGUUUGUAUCAAUGUACUUCCGCGAAUAACUCUGCACAGGGGGUGCCUUACCGCGAAUAUUUAAAAAAAUGUAAUAAAAUUGGGUACUUAUAAAUCGAACGUACCUCUAACUUAGCUGAUGAAAAAUGGACAAAAAAAUAAAACAAAUUGAAUUUAAAACAAAAAAAUAAAUAAAUGCAAACCAUUAAUCCGCUGUUGAACGAAGGUGCUCGAAGCUAAAAUGAUUAACGAACAAAGAAUGAACUUAAACAUAAACAAAUGCAUGAAAAAAAAAAGAAAUUAUUAUGAAUCCUUACGGCGUGUUUACUAUAAAUAGUACCUAUAUUCAAUGAAAUAUUGUAACCACCGCCGGACCGCCGUUAAAUUACGCUUAGGAUAAUAAAUCCACACAUUGUACAAGUCCAAGCGCCACGGCGACGAAUAAUAGGUAUGAUUGGUGAUCUUAAGUGUUAAUCAUUUAUGAUUAGAUUGUAUCGAGUAUCUCUAGUGUGAAGUAAAAACAAAUUGAACAUGAAAAAAAACUUAAAUAAAAUAUAAGAAUUAAAAAAAAUGAACAAUAUAAGAAUAUAAUAAUUUAAAAAAAAGAACACACGAAUACAUGACAACUACUGUGUAUGAGGUAAUGCGAACAAAGGUGUAAACAAGUUACAAGUUAUGUAACAGCUGCGCAUGGAUUACAAUUAUACGUGUAGAUAACUACACAUUUAAUGAUGAUGGGAAAAAAAAAGAAUCAAGGAGCAUGCAGAAAAGACGGAGUACCUAGGCAUAAAAGAAGUCCAGUGUAGGAAUGAGAAAAAAAACACGAGGGUAAAUGGUGAGGGAUUGAGGGAGGAACGUCAUGGCAGAUACCUAUGGGCAAUGAAAACUGAAGGGAAGGCCAAAAAAUAUAUUGGAUAAAUAAUCACCGCGUGCUAAGCGUGCGGCUGCGGCGAGGGUGCGAGGAGGAACUAGAUAACAAUAUUACCCAUUCGGGAUAAAUGAUUAUUAUAAUAUUGAAAUCCCGAAGGAGCAGGAGAGAUAACUGUAACGCGCUGCGGGCCAACAAAGGCCCCUUCAUUACGGAUUGUAAUUUGUUUUUUUCUUUUUUUUUUCCAUAAAAAAUGGAUAAUAAGAGAACGGAUUAAUAUUAAAAUCUAGAUCGCUACGCAUUGCGUUUCACGUGUCAUUACGAAUUUUAGUGGAAAAAAAAAAAACGUCGCGUCCUCGUUGCGCCUCGCUAUCUUGUUAUGCGAUUUAGAUCGAGUUAGUUUCUCUUCUGAGGAUCAUGGAAAUAAAAGAAUAAAUUAAACAAUAAAAAAAAUCCUAAAAUAAAUAAUUAAUGAGAUAAGAUGAAACUUAGGAGUUUUAACUUUUAACGAUGGCCAUUUUAAGGGGAGUGAGGGGUCUCUGAGAGGGGAGGAUAGAUGCAGGGAUUACUUUAGCGGGCAUGAGUCGCAUCGAAGAGUUGUUUGUAAUAAAAGUGAAUUUAAAAAAUAUUCUAUUUAAUGGGCGUUUCUAUGUCCCCCUCAUGCUUCUGAGGGAGUACCUACUCAAACUGCCGGGUAUGAUAUGCAUGGGGAUUACUAUACUACAGUGCGUAAUAUAGGUAAUGAAUAAGUAUGAAAAAAAAAAAAACUAAAGGGAUGCCAUUACAUCAUGGCUCUAUCGUUCGAGUCAGACACUGUAAGUCACGUAAUAGUUUUGUUUUCGAGGGAGGAACAUUAACGAUAAUAAAAGUAUGAAUUUUUGGAUGUAAAUGAGUGGAAGUGAACGAUUUAAGUGUACUAUUGAAUUGGCAAUGCUAGAUAUGCUUCGUUGAGCUACCCACGUUGGACUUUUUCAUGGAAGGUUCAAAAAGAAAAAUGCUAAAUCAACGAAUUGGUGCGAUCGUUUAACACUGAUCGACAGAUCGAGCUUCGUCCCUCUUCGCUAAUUAUAAAUGAUUAUGAAUGCGCAACUUGGCCUGUUAUGUUUCAAGUUGGAAAGCAUGAGAGAAAAAUUGAUUAAAGAAUAAUAAAAAAAAAAAAGUUUAAAAAAUGGAGAACGUCCCGUUUGCGACCAGGAGUCCUACCACGGUGACAUCGUUAGAAAAUAACAUCAUGUAUAGUCAAAUAUUGAAAAUGAUGAAGAAAAAAAAAUGAAAGAGCCGAUGCGAGCGUCAUCGUUAUCGUGUUAUUCACUGUUAUUGUUAUAUUUCGUAUAUUUAAAUUAUUAAUACUAUUAAUGACAUAUUCAUUCGUCGUUCAUCGAUACCAUCCGCUUCCUCUUUAUCUUAAUCCACUCACUCCACCCCAUCUUAAUAAUUAACGCACUCUGUAUUGCGAGAGAAACAACAGGAGAAAGAAAAAAAUGCAUUAAUGACGCUCGUAUUUAUUAGCGAGUCUGCUAAUUAAUGCAUUGUCGGUCGAACGAACGAACUGUCAAACACAAAAUAAACAAGAUUAUAAAUAUACAUUUUAAACGAUAGAGUAGAGUUUAUUUAUUUUUAUUGUUUAUGUAGCAGGAGGCAGUGGAGGGAAGAAUUAUCGUUUUCAUGAUGAAUAAAAUGAAUAAAAUCCGCCCGAGGCUGAAUGUCCACUCGGUUUCUUCGUGUAUAAUUAUUUGAGACUAUGUCCAUUACUUUAUCUUUAUAUUUAAUUUUGUAAUUGGCCAAUAAGUAAUGUUUCGAAAAGGAAUCCAUUCGAACGAUAAUAUAGCUAGAGUGAGCGAUGCAUGAAGCUUAACAUGAUACGGACAUGCUCAGAUUCAGUGCAGUUGAGAUUAAUUGAGCUAGGAACGAACAAGCGCACGGAGGUGAUUGACAGUAAAAGUUCCAACUAACGGAAGUAAAAAAAAUUAUAAUUCACCACUAUGUGUCUUGUGACUCGGUGAUCGAACUAGUAAAAAAACUUAUUGUAAGUAUUUAUAAAUAUAAGUAAAAACUAAUGAGAUUGAGAUAAUUGAACAACAAUGCAGAUAUGAAUUAUGAGUGAAUCCAAUUAUUUGAAUAAAAGAAGCUGUUUAACUCGCAGAUCCAAGCCAAUACUUGAGAACAAUUGUCAAGAGAACAAUAGCUCCCAUUACUACCGUUAGUAAUUAUGACUACUUCAACCCUUCCCAGUAUCUAAUAUCAGUAGAAUCAUGAAUUAUAAAGAAGGAAAUUAUCCUACCGUUGCCGCCAUCAAUCUCUAUAAUUGGAAAGUACAUAAUUAUAAUAUGAGAAGAGUAGAAAAAAUUUCAAUUAAACAUCCAGGGGAAACCAUUACGAUAUCACUGAUUACAUUUAUCAACGGCAGGAUUACUUUUCAUUAUUAACAAAGAGGAAAAAAAAUGACAUUGAAAUUUAUUGCGAAAAAAGCCACUAAAAAUAAAUUCUUAAUGUUACUAUAAUUAUAAUAAAUUCUCACAAUUGAUAAUCGUUCGAUUGUCGACCCGCACUACAUUCUGCACUCUCUUAAAUAUAUCGCGCUAUAGUCGAAUACGCAAAAAUGAUGAUAUUAAAAGUUCAACUAGUUUCUCAGUUUUAAAACUAUUUUAUGUACUUAAGUACAUAUUGAAAAUUCAUCAUUAUACAGACUCUCAAAAGUUUAUCCAAGUAAUUCAAUUUUGAAACUAGUUAAAUUACAUCCGGGUGUUUGAUAUUUCAAAUUAUUUUAUGUUUCUCUUUUAUCAUCAAGUCCAUCUCGAUCCACAUUUUAUCCUCAAGUUUUCACACAAUUUAUACAAUCAAUUAAGCGUAAAACAGCUCUCCGUAGCCCAAGGUUUUAUAGAAUUCGUUCGUUCGGUCGGUUAAUUAAAUUUGCUUUGGCAAUGACAUUUCAAAAAAAUAGAGUAUCCUAAUUAAAUGAGGCGAUAGUCAUUGUCUGUUUUAUCUGUCUCGUCGCGGUUGGGACCAAAUGUCUGUUAUAUUUUAAGCUCCAUAAUUUCUGCUUUCAUCCAACGACUUAAUACGUUGUCCACAAUCCUACUUCAUUUGUCCAUCUGUGGAGUGUAAUCAUUAGAUUGCUGACAAAAUCAUCGACAGCAAUUCACAUACAAUGAUAUCAAAAUUGGAAGAAAAAAAUAAAAACAAGCCGAACGCCCGACAUCCUGACAUCACUGAUGCUUCUAUCAUCGAAAUUGUAACACAAUAUUAAAAACCAAGAGAUGAUUAUAUUCAAAAGAAAUAUUCUAUUUUCACUGCAUCCCUGGCAAUGUAUACUUCAUCCUUGUAUAUUUGAAACAAAAUAAUCUUUAUCUAUUAAGUAAACGUUCUUAUUCGAUUUACCAGAGAUGACCUGUGCUAGGUAUAAUGCGCUCAUUAACAAAACUCCAAUGAUACUUUUGUCACGCAUUGAACAGAGUAUAUGUGUACAUAAAAUCAAACGCGUUAUGAUAAAGUUGAUUGUUAGAUAAUUGGCAACCUUUGAAAUGACCUUUUAAAUGAUAUGAAUGAUAAUUAAAGAUUCAGCAGUGAAAAAUUGUACAUAUGAAACCUUUAUUGCUGUUUAUACAUCCGUUAACUCUUAUAUUUCUGGAUUAUAACUUCUGAAGCCGUUGGGCUUGAGACCUCUCUCGUUUUUAAAUUUUUUUUACGGGUGCUGGUGUGUAACAUGCCAGUCUGCAUGUCUACUCGUUUGUCAACCUCUCUCUGUCUUGAGAAAUUGAAUUAGAGAAAUUUUUUCUCAAGGCUCCCUGCAGCAGCAUUGGAUGUUAAAAGCUCUUGGGAUAGUCUUGGUUCAAAUGCAUCUAUGAAAGUCUACGGCACUUCACUGAAUGAACCAAACACUCGAUAACAUAUUGAAUAUUUAAAUUUUCGCCUAAGUAUUAGGUUCAAGUUUGAGAUGGGAGAUGUUUUUGGAUAAUUGAUAGCAGAGAAGACGGAAACUCUGUAAAAAAUUCUAUUAUUCAAUCACUGAUGCGCUUCGAAUGAUUUCCAUUGACUGGUAUCAAAGUACGAGAGCGAGACAGAAGACAGAGUUUAGAACAAAAAAAUACUUGUGCAUAUAAACGCAUUAACUUCGUUAUUCAGAGUGAAAUCAUAUUUUUUUGUCGUUACUGUUAUUAAUUAAUAUAUCAUAGGAAUUUGACGUUUGAAUGAAAAUAUUCAGUUAUUGCAGUUAACGCUAAUGUAGGAAAAAACAUUAAUGAAAGGAUAAAAUUUUUGAAAAAUAUAAUAAACAAGCUGACACCUAAAUUCUGCAUAAAUGUAGGUGAUUUUUUUACUUUAUGACUAUUCUCUAUUCAAUUUAAUUUCAAAUUCAAUUAUUAAUCUGUAAUAAAGAUGACUGACAGAGUGCAGCAAUAAAACCAUUGAAAUUGGUUUUUUAUAUUGUCCGAUCAUAGGUAUAGAAUUUUAAUAUGCAUCGUGGAUCAUAUUUUUAUCAAUCUUUAUCUGUCAAUGUUAUGAAUAGUUUCUGUAUAAAACAGCACAAUAUUCAACGCACGACAUCAUAUAACAUGAGCUCGAUCGUUUUCAUUUGAAAAGAGCUAUUUGAGGAAUAAUAUGAGAAUGAAAACCGAAAAAUAAAAAAAUCGUGUUCAAAGGAAAAGCCGCCGCUCCUCGCAUUCAUUCGAUAGUUCGUCGUCAAACUCUCGCGAUCUUCCCAGCCAUGACAUUUAAAAGAAGAAAAAUGCAAACACGAGACAAAUGCAUUUAUGCAUGAAACAAUCCCUUCAAUAUUCAGAUUAUCCAAUAACUAAAAAAUCGCAUAAACUUCAAAAUGAAAAAUGUCAUUAUGGAAAUAAAGGGAGAAUGAAAAUCUGGAGAAAGUGAACUCAAAUUCAUUUAUGCAUGGAAAAAAAAAUGAUUGUUCCGGAAUUCGCCAUGGAUAAACCACUUUGGGUGUUCUCUGAGAUUUUUCACGUUUGCAAAUAAGGUUUACAUUUCCAUUCUUCAUUGCGUGUCGAAUUCAUAGAAUGGAAGCGAUUUAUAAAAUGUCGGAUGGGAAAGUUUGAAUAAAAUAAUAAUUCGAUGGAGUUGCGUUCAUGGCUUCGUAAGUUUAUCUCUCGUACGAUAUGUACAUAAAGCACUACACCACUUAUAGUUGAGAAGGAUAUAGAUAAAAAAUAUGAUUAUGAAUGGAUUUCAAAAGAGAAAGCUAUCUGGCUACUUUGAGAAAUUCACCGGUGGGGUCGAGUGAAAUGAAGUACUACAAAGUCAAUUUAGCACUUUUAUUCUCUUCGUGGAAUCCGAAAAAUUUUAUUGUACUCGACUGCACGGGUUCAUCGCAUUUGUGUAAAAAAAAAUUAUGAAAAUCUAUGGGACUCUCCUUGAACAAAAAAUGUAUCGCAAACAAUUUCGUAAUGCCAUAGAUAAAUUUUGACACAAACUCAACUGAGACGAAUCGAUGAGUGACUGUAGUGUAUUUAUUAUAAUGAGUCGAAAAAAAAUCUAAAAAUGCCAUGCACUUGCUGAAAAUAAUGCACCCGAAGAGGAGAAUAGUUGAGGAUAUUGCAGAAUCCCCAUAAUUACUCAUGUAAUGAGAGUUAUGAUUAGAGAUCUGUUGUUUUAUCGUUAUUUUCCGGUAUCAGAUAAGUUCUGACAAACUCUCCUAACAAAUGUCUCUUUCGAAAUUGCAUAGGCAUCGAGAGACACUCCCCGGAAAGAGAAUAAAAUGUACUUAUGUAUAUUGGUACAGAGAUACAUCGCAUUAGAAAAAUGCUAGAAAUAAUGGGAAACGAAUCAAGAGACAAGUUGAAUGAUGAGAUCAACAAAUGAAUAGUCAUCAUAAACUUAAGGAAUUUCACCACGUUUUAAUUACACUCUGAAAUACCAAGAUGCCGCGUAAAUUAUUAAUCCCAAGGAUAUUGAAUUUUCAUUAAUAAAAACAAGUAAACGAAAAAUUGCGUGAACGUUAUGUCUACGGUGUUGCUUGUUGUUUGAUAAUGUACUUCGAAUUCACUCGGGAUUUUCUCAUUAAAACAAAAUACUCCAAUUUUAAUGUCAAAAUAAUGUCAAACUAAUCGCCCGAAUCCUGAGUGAAUUGCGACUCUGAGAAUUUGAGAAAGAAAAAUAUUAGAAGAUAUCACAAGUGGUUGUUACAGAACAAAAACAACCAUUAAUAUUAUACAAUAA